CCUAUAUCAGAGACAUGUCGGGACUUCGUUGCCCAUGUCUGAUACCCCUUGCACAGAAAAUCUCGCAAUGGACCCUCCUCCUGACGAAUUCCGCAACUGGCUGGCUCUGCCCCGGGACGUGACGGCGUCGAUCCUUAUGAGACUGGAGGCAUUCGAGAUCCUGACGAGCGCGCAGAAGGUGUGCUCGCCGUGGCACAACCUCUGCAAGGACCCGUCGAUGUGGCGCGCUGUCCACAUGCGCAACCCCGUCACCCUCUGGGAGUUCCCGUACGUUCUCGAGAAGAUGUGUCGCCACGCCGUCGAUCGCAGCUGCGGCCAGUUGGUCGAUAUCUACGUCGAGAACUUCGGCACCGACGAGCUCCUCAGGCACAUCGCUGACAGUUCAAGUCAACUCAAACGCCUUCAACUUGUAAGAUGCUAUCACAUUUCAGAUAAGGGAUUGAGUGAAGUGGCUGCAAAACUUCCAUUACUAGAGGAGCUUGUCAUUUCGUACUGUUUUUUGUCAAAAGAAGCUCUGGAAGCUGUGGGCCGCUGUUGCUCUCAUUUGAAAUCACUCAAAUUCAACAGUCGGGAGCUGUGGCAUUUAAAGUAUGAUGAGGAGGCACUUGCAAUUGCACAGAACAUGAGUGAAUUGCGCCGCCUCCAGCUUUUCGGAAAUAAGCUGACUAACGAUGGCUUGCAGGCCAUCCUUGAUGGUUGUCCUCACCUGGAAUCACUUGACUUGCGUGAAUGUUUCAAUGUCUCUCUGGCGGGGAAUUUGGGAAAAAGAUGUUCUGAACAAAUUAAAGACUUGCGGCAUCCACAUGAUUCCACUUAUGACUACGACUACAAGAACGAUGAACGCAUAUACAUAGAAUACUUCGAAGACUUAGAUGACUUCGAAGUCUGUGAUGGCCCCAACUAUUGAGAUUUUUAUGAUGGGGAUUUUUAUUUUAACUAGCUUAACUGAAAUGACUCCUCUGUUGCACGCUGGCACUCUACUCUUGUCUCCCAAUAUUUUAAAUGUUUAAUUUUA